AUGCCAGGCUAGAACCGCUGGACACUCAGAUACAAGGGCUCAGGGCCCUCCAGGGACCAGCUCCUUGGCCUCCUCUACUCACCCAGCUCUGCCUGCCCCACUUUUCUGUGUCACAGCUUCUCCUUUGCUUUGGGGUCUGAGCUUCUUGAGAGACCCUGGAGUCAGCCCUCCACACCUUCAACAGGCCCAAGCAGUUUCCUGGUGCCAGAUUCCACUUGAAUUGUCAUCUUAGCACGAGCAUCAGCCCCAAAUUCAGCCCCAAGAGCAAUUCAACCCAACCCCAGAUCCAGCCCCAGCCCCAGCAUGGAGAAGGACUUGCCAGACAUCCAGCAGUUGGACCCCGAGGAAAAUGACCAUCAGUUUGGUGCAGAUGAGAGGCCGGGCACUCGUAGGUACCGUGCCAGGAGAGAAGACCCAUUUUGGAAAGGAACCCCUCAGCCCCGGCCCCUUCUGCAGCAGAGUCUCCGCUCCUCAUCCAGCUUCGCUCUGAUCUCCCUGGGCGUCAACAUCCUGCUGUUGGUGGCCACCUGCGUGGUUGGGUCUCAAAGAACACAACUGCAAGAGGAGUUGUGGGCUCUAAAAGGAAGGAUUAGCAACUUCUCCAGCACCCUCACACAACUCCGAGCUGUGAGCUUCCAUGGAGGCAGCACAGGUAACAAGGUGACAUCUCUGGAAACCAAGCUGGAGAAACAAGUGCAGGACCUGAAAGCAGAUCAUAACUCCCUGCUCCUUCACCUGAAGCACUUCCCAGCGGAUCUGCGCACCCUGACCUGUCAGGUGGCAUUCUUCCGGAGCAACGGCACAGAGUGCUGUCCAGUUAACUGGCUGGAGUUUGAAGGCAGCUGCUACUGGUUCUCUCGUUCUGGGAAGACCUGGGCUGAGGCUGAGAAGUACUGCCAGCUGGAGGACUCCCACCUGGUGGUCAUCAACUCCAGGGAAGAGCAGGUCACAAAACUGUCACCAGGUAACUUACCAUGCAGAGAAGAGAAGGAUCUCUGUCUUCUUUGUCAGUGCUUCAGACUGUGCUCUCAUCCUACCUUUGUGUCACUCCCCACCCCACACCCUGUGAGUCUGCCUGAAAGUCAUUCCUGUGUUGAUGGGUCAAACAAAAGUCGAUAUGGGGAGUCAGCGGUAGAGCAGCAGGUCAAGCGCACGUGGCGCAAAACUCAAGGACCCAGUGAAAGGAUCCCAGUUGGAGCCCCCCACUCCCCACCUGCAAGGGAAUUGCUUUGUAGGCAGUGAAGCAGGUCUGCAGGUGUCUAUCUUUCUCUCCCCCUCUCUGUCUUCCCCUCCUCUCUCCAUUUUUCUCUGUCCUAUCCAACAACGAUGACAACAAUAAUAAGUAGACAUGAUGUGACUGAAGACACAUGUUGUCCCGCUCCACUCCAGUCCAGAGUACUUUCAAACUAACUUAGUUGGAUGAAAAGCAAUACAGGCUGGACCAGGGAGAUAGCAUAGUGGUAGUACUGCUCUGGUUUCUCACACUCAUGAAAUAAAUAAAUGUAUCUUAAAAGAGAA